AUGCCGAAGGGAGAGAAUAGGCCGAGCGUCCUGUUGUCUCGCGACGAGAAUGACCAGGUGUUUAGCCUCAUUGGACCAAAAUGCCAGAGCCUAGCAACGGCGGUAGUUCAACUAUUCACAACAGAAGGACCAGCUCACUCAGAAUGGAAGAAGAAGGACACUGGAGUGUUAUGUCUGAUCAAGGACAACAGCAAACGGUCUUAUUUCUUCCGUAUUUACUGCUUAUACCGCAAGACACUGAUAUGGGAACAUGAAGUGUAUUUGCAAAUUGACUAUAAGAGUCCAAAGCCGUAUCUUCACACGUUUGAGGCAGAGGAUUACAUGACCGCAUUUAACUUCGCAAACGAAGAUGAAGCUAGAGUGCUCAGAAAUAUACUUAUAGAAAAAAUUGAAUUACGAAAACGAAGGCGAGAAGAACGAAAACAACGUUCGAUGCUCGCUGCACGGGCAAACAGCGUGUCAUCACACAGCUCCCUGUCAAACAGCACAGGGCGGGUGAAUGGAGCGAGCCCGGUGCCGCCCCUGCCCCCCGCGCCGGUCACACCCGCGCCCGUGCCUUCACCACUGUCGGUGCCGCAGACGAACAAAUCUAAUACGUUGUCGAAUUAUUCUUUGAAGAGUUCCGGGAAGAAACCCAAACCUAAACUACGGAAGUUGACGAAAGCUGAUAUCGGUGUGCCGUUAGAUUUCAAACAUGUCCACCAUCUGGGAUGGGAUGCGAUCAAAGGUUUCGAUGUCACCAACGUGGACAAUCUACCCGAAGACAUAAUGAAGCCGUUCCUCAGCAAAGCGGGCAUCACGGAGAACCAGCUCCGAGACCAGGCGACGCGCGACUUCAUAUACGACUUCAUCAUAUCGCACGGCGGCGCCGAGGCCGUCAAGGAAGAACUGCACGACACGAAACCCACUGAGAUCUCCCGCGGUCCGGCGCCGCCCGUGCCCGCGCGUGCGCCGCUCUCGCACCACCAGCCCGCGCCUCCGUCGCGCGCGCCGCCGCGGCCGCCCGCGCGCUCCGUGCCGCCGCCGCCGCCGCCGCCCGCCGCGCUCGCCGCGCCCUCCGCGCCCCGUAAUCCGCCGCCGCCACGCCCCAUGCAACCUCCCUCAGCAGCGCCCCCGUCCAUGCCGCCCCCGCCGCCGCCCACGUCGGCGCCGCCCCCGCCCCCACCGCCGCCGCCCGCCCACGCGCCGGCGCCGCCCGCCCCGCCGCCGCCGCCCAUGCCUGCGGACGACGGCGCUCCGCCCGGCGACGCGAGGUCGGCGCUCAUGGAGAGUAUACGCAGCGGGAAUAAGACGUUGAAGCAUGUUGACGUCGGAUCCAAGAAUUCACUGAACGAAGAUAACAGAAGCAAUUUGCUUAGUGAAAUACGACAAGGAAUUAAUUUGCGAGCCGUGCGUCGUUCAAGCAGCUCGGGCGGUGACGAGGCCCCCGGGCCCGAGGUGCACGGCCUCGCCGGCGCCCUAGCAAAGGCCCUCCGGGAGCGUGCUCGAGCCAUACAGUCCUCCUCCGAGUCGGAAGACAGUGACAAUGAAGCUAGCGAUUUCGAGUGGGAC